AGCAUUUCGCGCGAUGUUCUAAUGGUAACUCGCCCGUCAAAGGCGUCUAUAAUACAACUUGGAAUAUGUGACAUAAAUAACACAAAUAUAUUACACAGUUUUGGAUUAAAUUUUAUUUAAGGGAUCCGUAAAUUGUGAUUAGAUUAAAGAUAUCGCGAUGGAUAUAGUUGGAGACAUCUAGUUUAAUAUGAGUUACAGCGAACCGGAUACCGAGAUGCAUUUGUCGAGAAUGACACCGGCGUCAAAUUUGACCUCGACACUUUACCAGAUAUUGAUGGCAUUGCAAAUGGACCCCAAUAUGACGUCGGAAAUUCUCGCUUUAACACCAGAGGAUCAGUUACACUUCAUUGAAUCGCUGAAUCUAAACUCGGACGUACAAUCGGUUGACCUGGAGGACCAGAGAAUGCUUAUUCCUGAAUACAGGAUUAACAGAGCCAUAGGACUCUACCUUCCUCCAUUUCUCCUACUAAUGGGAACUUUUGGGAAUGUUAUGACUUUUCUCAUUUUGAGAAAUAAGGCCAUGACAAGGCAAUCCACGAAUCUAUUUUUGGCAGCUCUCGCAAUCGCCGACUCUAUAGUUUUGUUUGUUGGCUUGUUGCGACGAUGGCUUGGUGAUAUAUUACAAAUGGAUAUCCAGAGUGAGUCAGAUUGGCUAUGUAAGGCAGUGUCGGUUCUGGGUUAUAGUAGCAGCCAAUUUUCCGUGUGGCUUAUAAUCGCAGUAACGAUUGAACGUUUUUUGGUGGUAAGCCAUCCUCUACACACUUCACGUUACUGCAAUCUAACACGCGCUAAACGCAUAAUAUGUUUAAUCGCGUUUUUGAUUGUGGCAAUUAACUUUCAUUUUUUGUUCACAGUAUCUGUGCAUGAACACGAACAUGGGUUAAAAUCAUGCGACUCAGCGCCGCAAUUCAGGCUAUUAGUAACAGUUAUUUGGCCAUGGAUAGAUGCUUCACUUUAUGCGCUGCUCCCAUUUUUGCUCAUUGUCGUAUGCAAUACUCUGAUUAUUAUACAAACAUUGAAAGCCACGAUCUGGCGUGAGGCUCAAAAUGGACCGUUGAUAAACACUGCAGAUAAAAGAAAGGUGUUUAAAGACAAUAACAUAAAAUUAACCGUGAUGCUUUUGUCUGUGUCUUUUACAUUCCUUAUUACUACAUUUCCGAUGGCAAUUGUAAUGGUUUUUCACAGCGGAUGGAGUAGGGAUAUCGAGAACGUGCCGUUAAGUGUUAUAGCACAGCGACAGUUGAUAAGGACAUCAGCUGAAAUGUUGAUGUUUCUUAACCACUCUGUUAAUUUUUACUUAUAUUGUGCCCUUGGACAAAAAUUCAGAAACCAGGUUUUGAAAACGUUGUGUCGAAGGACGUUAUCAACAAAUUCAAAUCUUUCUGACCAUAGCCAACAUCUUUAUUGUUCGCGUGUGAAAGGCUAUCACGUUCAUAACAAGUCAACGUGUUUUGACGAGACAAACUUAUGACAAAUGCUGCAAGCAGAAAAAUCUCUAUCCGUGACUAUCAAUCACGACUAGCCCUAUAUCAAGUAGACAAUAUGUGAUUAAAACAUUUCAUUUGACAAAGGUUCGAACAUAUGAACAACUUAAGUAUUGAAUAACAACACGAAGUGUUAAAAAUGAUGUUAGGACGACAGUUUCAUAAAAACAAAAUCAGGAUGCUUUACAAACAUUUUAAACGAUGUUACAAAUGAUUGUAAAAAGCUUCGUCACAACCUUUUAGUAUGAGUAUCGAGUUGACUUAAGUUAUUUUGUCUUCAAAAACAUAUUUGCAGCCAUUUUGCUUGGCUGCAUGUGGAUUCUAAUAAUACUGAUCAUAUAACUCGUUCCAGAUCCGACGCCGAUAAUGUGUAGCGUGUUAAUCUUUAUAACUAAGUGACAUCUCGCUGAUAAGAUGAUGCUCGACAUGUUGUUAAA